AUGGUCCUGAGAAGAACGCUUGCUGUCAUGUUGGCGGCUGCUGCGGCGGUCAACGCCUCAACUUUUGAUGUUACAUUUACAACUGCCGGCCAUAAUGUCCCUUCGACGCUAUGUACGCGUAGUGGAGAUGGAGGUCUUUAUGCCGAGCUUAUCCAAAACCGUGCUUUCCAACAAGUUACUCCCGGAACCUCGGCAGCUCUCACCGCCUGGGCCGCAUUGGGAUCAGCAAAGAUAUCCGUCGUCGCGUCCAGCUCGCCUGUAUCAAGUGCUCUCCCCAACGCUCUCUCUUUCGCUGUUCCUUCCGGGAGCACAAGUACUGUUGGGUUUACUAACUCUGGAUAUUUCGGUACGCCUCGAAUAAGUCUCGUUAUCCGAUAUUCCGCCCAUUUUUUUUUCUGCCUUCUAGGUAUACCCGUCACUGCUGGCUGGACCUAUACCGGUUCAUUCUACUAUCGCACUCCCACUCCUCCUGCUACCAAAAUCUCUGGAAGCUUCACUGCGGACUUACGUUCUACUAGCGGCACGGUGUUCACGAGUACGACGGUUCCAUUCACCACUAGCUCUACCUGGCAGCAAGCCACGUUCACGUUCACCGCCUCGUCAACGCAAAGUGCUGUAACCAAUUUAUUCGCGUUGUCUGUUGGCGGGUCGACUGUUGCUGGGCUGACGAUGGAGUUUACCUUGAUCUCUUUGUUCCCGCCGACGUUUAAUGGGAGAAAGAAUGGGUUCAGGAUGGAUCUUUCUGAGACUCUCCUUGACAUGAAACCGGCGUUCUUCCGAUUUCCUGGAGGAAACAAUCUGGAGGGUGAAACUGCUGCUGACCGCUGGGCAUGGGAGAACACUGUUGGUGACCUCGUUGAUCGUCCAGGACGAGUAGGAGAUUGGGGAUAUAUCAACACUGAUGGUCUUGGACUAUACGAAUACCUCCAAUGGAUUGAGGACAUGGAUAUGCAACCUAUUAUGGCUGUGUACGCUGGGUAUUCGUUAAACGGCGCCUCGGUGGCGUCAAACGACAUGCAAACAUACAUCACUGAGGCAAUUAAUCAGAUCAAUUUUGUCAUCGGCGACGCGAGUACGAAUGCUCAAGCUGCAAUCCGUUCGUCAAUGGGUCAUCCAGAUCCGUUCACGUUGAACUACAUCGAAAUUGGGAAUGAAGACUUUUUCUCCCCUACGACAUACGCUGACUAUCGUUGGGCUGACCUCUACAACGCAUUACAUGCCGAAUUCCCUCAACUUCAUUACAUCGCCACAAGCGCAACCAGCGGUAACGUUCCCAGUCUCUCCCCCGCUCCGACCUAUUGGGACCUGCAUAUCUACUCCAACCCUAAUUUCUUCAUCAAUGGCGCGUACAAUUUCGACAUUUUAUCGAGGAACGGGCUUCAAUUUUUCCAGGGAGAAUACGCAACGACUACCGAAAAUAGUGGCGCUGCGUUGACAUAUCCUUUCAUUGAUGGUUCUAUCGCCGAGGCUGCGUACAUGGCUGGUUUUGAUAGGAAUUCUGAUAUUGUGUUUGCUGCUUCUUAUGCUCCGCUGUUAAACCAUGUUUCUAGCACUCAAUGGACUCCUGAUCUCAUUACUUUCUCACCAAACACCGUUAUCCGAUCCACAUCGUACUAUGUCCAACAACUAUACAGUCUGUACAAGGGUGACUUCUACCUCACAUCUACGACCAACACCGCGAGCUCACCCGUGCAAUGGAGUGUUACCCGUGAUACCUCUGCGGGACAGUAUUUCUUGAAAGUCAUCAAUACCGCAACCUCCGCCAACACUGUUGUCUUUACCCUGCCCUUCACACCAAGUCAUACGACUGGAACUGGGACGAUUCUCACCGCGGCCUCAGGGACGCAAAAUACACCAACUAAUCCCAAUGCUGCAGUUCCCUCGAGCUUCUCGUUCACGGCAGGGAAAACAAUCACGUAUAAUGCUCCGGGGCUUUCGCUUUCGGUGCUUGUUGUUACGGCGUAAAGCAUAGGGGGAAUAAAAGGAUCAAAUUCGGAGUAGGUAUUUAAUGUAGCCUUCAGGAUCUUUGACCCGAUUGUACCCAGAAUACAUUUCAGAGUGAGAAUCACAAACAGCAAUGGAAUAAAAUCAGUCGAAAAGGGCAGAAAUAUUGAAUAAAUGUGCA